UCAAAAUGACUCUUGUUGAAAGAUAAUCGGCUGCUGAGGAGAAUCGAACCGUCUCGUUUGGAGGUAACGCAACAGAUCCCAGAUCCUUUUGUUUUUCCUGUUGCGUCCGACCAGCUGAGCAUGAUGUAGAGCACCUCCACCCUGCAUGUCCUGCAUGCCACUUCUGUUUCUGACGUUGUCUGUUCAGAUUCCAGGUUUAAUCAAAGGUAUGUAGUUGGAGAACAAUUGUGGAGUUGCAUUGUGAAUCUCACUUUUUCUUUCAACCCUCUGCAAAAUAAGCAGCUUCUCUGGAUAAGGAAGCAGGAUUUUAAUAUAGCUCCUGCUUUUUUGUGAAAUAGGAGACUUUUUCCCUCCACAGAUCCGCCAACUUCUUCAGCAAUAGCUAAUUUCUUCUGAUUAUCUAUAGGAGAUUAAAAAUCCUCACAGUGACGAGCCCCCUGGGGCCGGCUGUCAAAGCUGGACCGUCCCAGACUUCAGCUGGAUGAAGACCAAAGAGAGGCUGCAGGGGGGACCUCAGAUGUUUGCCGUCAAGAACAAUGUGUGCGCUCGCUGCUGUGAGCUGGAGAGGAGCAAAGAAAAAGCUGAACCAGCAGAGGAGAGCUGUGCAGGUCGCCUGUCUGCAAGAGAAGCUGGGCCGUGCCCGUUUUGCCAUCAGAGAGGUGAAGCCCAAGAGGGCAAGAAUUUUUCACAUCCCAGAGCUCUUAAUGCAGGGUCCGGUCUCCAUGGAGACCCUGUCUGCAAGACAAAGACGUCAUCAGUCCCAGGCUUCCUGAGAUCUUCUCCACUGAGCGAGACGAGUCUUCCUGCAGAAUCAUCCACCACUCAAGUGCCGUUAAGAUUGCAGAUCAAAGUAUCUGGCCAAAGUGGUCGUUUGGGGAUCAGCAUCGCUGGUGGGAAAGGUUCUCUGCCUUAUAAAGAUCAAGAUGAAGGCAUUUUUAUUUCCAGAGUAGCUCAAGGAGGGCCAUCCGAAAAGGCUGGGAUCCAUGUUGGAGACAGAGUACUUGAGGUCAACGGCGUCAGCAUGCAGGGUGCGACCCACCACGAAGCAGUUGCUGCCCUCAGGAAUGCCGGGUGCUGCAUUAAGCUGAAGGUGCUCAGAGAAAGGCUGCCGCCCUCAGACGUGUACGUCCCGGCCGUGUCUCAGGAUCCACCAGACCCGGCGGCGGGUCGGCUGCUGUGCUCGAUCAGCAAACAGUCACAGCUGGAGGAGUCAGAAAAAUGUUUGCCCAAGAAGAUUGAGGCUGUUGUCUGCAAUGGGAACAGUGCUUGUGAUUCUGACAGUGAUCUGAACAGAACCCUGUUUGAAAUCGAAGCAGAGGAAUUAAAACUGGACUCACUCAAAGAGAUGAAUCACAUAAUGUCCAUCCCCCGGAUUAUACUCACUCACCCCUCUACCUCAGAUGAAGAUGUUGAGCUCUUGUCACAGAUUCCCAGAAGACAGCGGCUUCGUGACUGACACGCAGACCAGUGUGGGCACUCUGGGUGUUAUGAUGGUGCUUUUUACUCAUUUUGAGCCCAUUUUGGAGCUUUGUGGAUGCCGUACAGGAACCAGUGGUGGUUCCUCUCUUUUUCAGGGAUAUACAUUGAAGCGUAGGAGUUUACAUUCGCUCACCAUGGGCUUAUUAACCAUAUUAAUUUUAGGAUUUUAGGGAUUUACUUAAGAUAUUUUUAAACACGUGGACUGAUAAUACAAGACACAAAUUAACAGAUUUUUAGAAACAAGAAUCUGAUGCAAAAAUGUAUAUUUAUAGCAGAUUUUCUCUGAUGCAGGUUCAAUUAUAAUACAUUCCAAUUAAUAUUUAGAUAAAAGUUCCUUAGGAAAGAAACCUCAACCAACACCCACAAUGAAGUCCCAUUUUUAUCCACUACAUAAACUUACUGCUGCCAGGCUCUAUCUGUUAUAAAAAUGAUGUUGGAAAUAAUUGUUCUUUUGAUAAACCCCAAAAUAGAUGCUAACUGUGAACAUGUUUCAGUGCUCUAGUUGUUGAGUUGAGAUUAUGAUAAUGAAUCUGGACAUUGUGCUACUUCUGAAUUAACCCCCACAUUAACAUUGAAGCAGAAUCUUAGCAUAUUACUGCCACCACCAUCUGCCAAAAAGCUUAAUCUUUGGUCUUAUUUGACCAAGAUUCUCAAAUAACAGAAGAAAUGUAUCUACACAAUUCAGCUUGUUUGUACAAAUUUGAUCCUGUGCUUAGGAGGNAAU